GGUCAAAUGCCUCCGAAAGGAAUUACUAAACGAGAGCCUCGCCGUCGCAAGAUUGCCUUGGCCUGCGAGUCAUGUCGAGAUAAGAAGGUCAGGUGCGACGGUGUAAAGCCAAUUUGUGGUCCCUGCGCUCGUCGCUCGUACGCCGUUGAUCAAUGUGUAUACAAGCUAGAUAAUGCAAGGUCUGCUAGCAACGAUGAAUACCUCAAGAUUCUCCAUAAUCGAAUUCGAGAGCUGGAAGAGAUAUGUGCGAAAGGCGGAGUUGCGGUGCCCCCUGGCCCUUCACAACAUGGAGAUUACAGGGUAUAUGAAAGUCAAAGUCAAAACGAUACGGGUGAAGCUAUGCAUCUGGAUCAUCUGGACGCAGAAUCUAGGACAUCUGUUGCCGCAGAAGGAUUACUAGGACUAGGCUCAGCCCCUGUGUCAUCUGGACCAAGUCCGUCGUCUUCAACACCUACUUUUCAACCACCAAUAUUUCCACCGCAGAGGAAUCGACCGGAAGCUGAGAGCUAUAGAUCAGUACGUGUGACGCAUCUAUCUCCGGACUCUGCCCACCCACGAGCAGGCAGUAUAUAUCCUUCGCCAUCUCUCAACUCCCACGGUAAUGUCACCGCCAUGGGCGCAAUAUCUGUCACAGAAGACGACCCAAGCACGGACUCUCCACAGGAGCAGCAAUACUAUGGGAACUCUUCAGUGGCCUCUUUCAUGCGUCUUGCAGGAGAGUCGAUGCCUUUGCGGUCGUAUAUGUCAGCUUUACGUGGUAGCAAAAAUGAGUCGGCAAGACCCCAGGGCCCUGAUACGGGGAUCUGGCGAGAUCUAGGCUAUCCAUCGGUAGACCUUCGGUUCGACGACUUCUCCUUACCCCCUCGAUCUCUGGCAGACCACCUCCUUGAGUGUUAUUGGGAUAGAGUACACUGUCUAUUCCCAUUUUUCCAUCGUCCCAGUUUUGAGCUAGCGUAUGAAAAUAUCUGGGGGUCAGACAAGACAUCCAAGCCUGAGUUGCCACAGCUCAAUAUUGGACUCGGGGGCGCAUUUGACUGCGGUCCUAAUUCAAUUGUCUUCCAUUGCUCACUUAAUGCCAUCUUUGCCCUUGGCUGUCAUUUCUCUGAUAUUCCGCCUGCAGACCGGGAGGCCGCGGUUUAUUCAUUUUUCCUUCGGGCAAAGCGAUUUGUAAAUCUUGACCUUUUGGAUAUAGGCACUAUUGGCGUGGUCCAAACACUUCUGAUUGUUUCACUUCUUCUUCAAAGCACCCCUUAUCCGAUUCGGUGCUGGAACGCAAUUGGACUGGCGUGUCGAGUUGGUCAAGGACUCGGACUACAUGAGACAACCACACACACCUCGAACAAACCCCUGGAAACAGAAGUACGACGGCGUACUUGGCACAGCUGCGUUCUCAUGGAUAUGAUUGUGAGCAUGACACAUGGAAGACCGAGCAUGACCUCUCACAUCCCAUCAUUACCUCUACCUGCAAUGGGAACUGAUUCCCAAGAAUCUGAUCCUUGUGCGCUUAGUGGACAACCUUGUGAUCAUAAGCUGGGCUAUAUGACGUUCUUCGUUUCAACCAUUGAACUAUAUAAGAUCCUCGAGUCUAUCCUAUCCGAGGUUUAUAAAGCUUGGCAAAGUCGAUCUGAUAACACUCGCACCAGUUUUUUGCAAAGCUCCAAGCUUUGUAGCCUGGAUGUUUUGAUGGAACUCGACGAUAAACUUGCUGCAUAUGAGACCAGCGUGCCCCAGCCCUUGAAUUGGACAGAUGAAGUAUCACUGCAUCAGCCAAGCGGCAAUCCAUCAACCUUUAAACGUCAGCAGAAUGUGCUACGUGCAAGAUUCAUCCACCUUCGCCUUCUACUAUACCGCCCCAUGUUCACUCAACUCUGCUCCGAUGAGCGAGCAGGAUCAUCACGCCGUACUGAUAUCCAACCUAGCGAGAAAAACAUAAUCUACUCCUCGGUUUUCUCAAAAUGUGCCGCCUCUUGCGUCAUGGCAGCCAUAGACCUGGUCUCACUUGUUCACAAGACAUACCGAACAAGUUUAACUGACGCAUGGUGGUACAAUGGAUUCUACACAUCGACUUCAGGUUUCAUUCUGAUAAUGUCAUACUCAUGCUAUUCUAUCCGGGAGCAGGUUGAUUCACAAAUCGUGGAUGAGAGUUGGCAAAAGUGCGAAGAGAUCUUAGCUUUUAUGGCUAUGUUUAGUGUCUCUGCCCGCAACUCGUUGCAGUUCUUGCAAGUAACACACCAGCAUAUUAUGCAAAACUACUCCGCUACCUGCCGGCCUGGCGAUACUUCCUCGUCGGCUUCUAACCAGCUGUAUCAAAGGGGCAAUCAACAUUUGAACCGACCCAACUCGGUGUCGCAUAAUACCGAGCCCGUAUCGGAGGAACACAGCCUCAACCACGAUACCAAUAAUAUGGAUAUAAAUCCUUUCACAACGUGGGAUGAGAUGGGCUUGGGGCAGGAAGAAUUUGGAUUCCUUGGCAGAUUUGAUUUGCCUGAUCUUGCAAGCUGGUUCACGGAUAUACCUCCUUGA